CUAUGAGUGAUGCACUGUGGGCGGGGCGCUUUCCCGGUGACCCUGCUGCGGCUGUCACGGGUUCAUCAUGGCAGAGACGGCGGAGGAGGGCGGAUGGACAUACUCAUGACUGUCCGGAAGAUCGCCUCCAUUUGUACGAUGGGCACCAAUGCCUCAACAUUGGAAAAAGAGAUUGGCCCAGAACAGUUUCCUGUAAAUGAACAUUACUUUGGUUUGGUCAAUUUUGGCAACACCUGCUACUGCAACUCUGUUCUACAAGCACUUUAUUUUUGUCGCCCGUUUCGGGAAAAAGUUCUGGCAUACAAGAUCCAACCACGAAAGAAGGAAAGCUUGCUCACAUGCCUGACAGAUCUCUUCAAUAGUAUUGCCACACAGAAAAAGAAAGUGGGAGUUAUUCCUCCAAAAAAGUUUAUCUCCAGGCUGAGGAAAGAAAAUGAGCUAUUUGAUAACUACAUGCAACAGGAUGCUCACGAGUUCCUAAAUUACCUUCUGAACACUAUAGCUGAUCUGCUGCAGGAAGAGAAGAAGCAGGAGAAACAAAAUGGCAAACUGCAGAAUGGAACCCUGGAGGCGCAAGAACCAGACAAGCCAGACCUCACCUGGGUUCAUGAGAUCUUCCAAGGGACACUAACCAAUGAAACUAGAUGUCUUAAUUGUGAAGCUGUUAGUAGCAAAGAUGAAGAUUUCCUGGAUCUCUCUGUUGAUGUGGAACAAAACACUUCCAUUACACAUUGCUUGAGGGGUUUCAGUAACACAGAAACACUAUGCAGCGAAUACAAAUAUUACUGUGAGCAGUGUCGUAGCAAACAGGAAGCACAGAAAAGAAUGAGAGUAAAGAAGUUGCCUAUGAUCCUAGCACUUCACUUGAAAAGGUUUAAAUACAUGGACCAGCUACACCGAUAUACCAAACUUUCCUACCGUGUGGUUUUUCCAUUGGAGUUACGACUCUUCAACACUUCGGGGGAUGCCACCAAUCCUGAAAGAAUGUACGACCUUGUGGCGGUUGUUGUCCACUGUGGCAGUGGACCUAACCGUGGACACUACAUUACCAUAGUGAAGAGUCAUGGGUUCUGGCUGCUGUUUGAUGAUGAUAUUGUAGAGAAGAUUGAUGCUCAAGCCAUUGAAGAAUUCUACGGCCUAACAUCAGACAUUUCCAAAAACUCUGAGUCUGGAUAUAUUUUAUUCUACCAAUCCAGAGACUGAAACUCUGAGACAAAAACAAAUAAACAAUAAGCAACAUAGACGCCAAGAAAGAAAAAUAGAAAGUGGUUUGUAGCCUCAAGGAUCAAGGUGAUAAGAAGGACAUAACUGCUUGCAGUGCAUAUUGCGAUAACUUACUGCGCACCUUCUCUGGAUUCCAGUUGAUUGCAAACGGUGGAACGUUUAACAUUUACCAUUUACACUCCUUCUGGUGCAGCCGUCUUUGACUCUGAAUGGUUUUUUUUGCCUUCCUUCCAUAGAGUCCUCAGUGGUUUACAGUGUUUGAGAUUCAUGCUGAGAUUGUCGUGCAUUGACCAGGAAAACAAGCCAGCACUUUGUAAAGCACGAGGCAGCUGUAGUUCGGUGCUCUAUUAAAUUGCAAUCAAAGAUGUUUAAAGCUGCAAUAUUUAAUAUACACAACAUUAUUUUUUUUUUUUUUUGCUCUUCAUAUCACUUUUAAACAUGUAUUGCUUUGACUCAUGCAAUCAGAAGACUUGAAUGCUUGCUGGACUGGUUGGUACAUACAUGAAUCUGAAGACACUGCUGAAGUUCCCAUUAUGCUGUUACACACUAUGCUCUGGGUAAUACUACUUUCAAUUAUGAAAAUACUGUCUUUAGAAUGAAACUAACCCAAUGUAUGGGAAUUUGUUACAUUAUUCCUAGUGCCUGCAGUAUCUAUUCCCAGAGCAAAUGUUGGUAUAGUUUUUUUUAUUUUUUUCUGGCCUGGAGCUUCAUUCAUAUUAAUAUUUAGUUUUUCACAUUAAAUUAAAAUGCUCUUAUCAUUCAAUUGAACGAAGAUAAAGAGAAGCAGUGGCUGAGUUGGGAAUCUUUACUGGGAAGAAAAAUAAUAAAGAACAAAACCAAAACAAUCUAAAUAUAA